GUCGCGCUUCCCUGCUCGGGGGCGCUUCCGGCCAGGGCCUAGUCUCUGGGCCGCGGCCAUGGCGGAGCUGACGGACGCGGAGCUCCGGAGGGAGCUGAUGGCGCUCGGCUACCGGCCGGGGCCCAUCACCGAGACCACCCGCAAGGUCUACGCCAAGAAACUCAACUGCCUGCGGGCUGAGGUGGCGGCGGCGAAGCGCAGCGGCCGCGGCGCCCCGCAGAGCCCGGCCCGCUCCCCGGCCAGGCCGCAGCAGGCCUCGCCGCCACGGUCGCGUCUCGGCUUCGGCUCCGCCGAGGCCGCCCGCGACAGCGAGGAGGAGGAGGAAGAGGAGGAGGAGGAGGAAGGCGGGCUGUCAGCAGGGGGGCAGCUGCCCGCGGCUCGCUGGGCGGCAAGGCGGGGCGGUGGGGCUGCGGCACCGGGCUCCCCGUCCCGCUGGGGCCCAGCCGUGGGGCUCUGCGCCGCCUCGGUGCCGCCCCUCGACGGGUCGAGGGUGCUGGGUGCCCGGUCCCGCUGGGAUGCGUCCGUAGAGAGGAGUGGGGACCUCAGCACGGGGCCGUCCCUUGAUGGGCUUGGGGUGCCGAGCAGUGCAUCCUACUGGUAUGUGUCCGUGGAUAGGAGCGGGGACCGCAGCGUGGGGUCGCAGCCGUCCCUGGACAGCUUUGGGGGUUCAAGUUCCUCAUCCCGUUGGGACAUGUCCGUAGAGAGGAGUGGGGGCCUCAGCGUAGGGUCGCGGCCAUCCCUGGAGAGCUUCGGGGGUUCGAGUUCCUCAUCCCGUUGGGAUGCAUCUGUAGAGAGGAGUGGGGGCCUCAGCGUGGGGUCGCGGUCAUCCCUGGACAACUUUGGGGGUUCAAGCUCCCCAUCCCACUGGGACACGUCUAUAGAGAGGGGCGGGGGACUUAGCUCCAGGGCUGGGCUGGGGACCUCCUUGGAUGGGAUUGGGGGGCUGAGCUCCAUGUCCCAAUGGGACACGUCCCCAGGCAGGAGCAGGGGACUGGGCGCCAAACCUCCCUCCGGUGACGGGAGUGGGGGUUUGGUGUCCAGGAGUCAGUGGGGCACAUCAGGAGGAGGUGUUGGUGGCCUGAGCUCCCGAUCUCAGUGGGAGACUGGGAGGGAAAGGAAGGGGUUGUCUUCUAGCAGCUCAUGGAGGCACGAAAGCGAGUUAAUGCCCAGUACCCAUUGGGGCACCACGGCACCAUCAGCGGGACUUGGAGGGCUCAGUCACCAGACCCGGUCUGGGAGAGGAGAAGGAGACUUGACUUCCAGUGUUUGGAAGGAAAAGGAGCUGAAAUCUAGUAGCCAGGGAGGGGGAUUAACGCGUAGGUUCCCGUGGAGGACGGCGGGUGAUACAGGGUUAGCCUCGGGGUCCCGCUGGGGAACGGCGGCAGGACAGGGCAUAACCUCCCGGACUCAGCUGUGGCGGUCAGCACCCAGGCCGCGGCCAGAAGGAAAGGGCAAGGGCCUUGAAUACUACCUCUCCCGGUUCCUCUGUCUGGCCAGUUUUGUGUUGCUGAUUAUUUUUUUGGGCAUCCUCUUUGUGAAGAUGAUUGGAUCAGGCUGGCUUGACAGGACAGAGGAAAGUUUUAAUCUCUUGCCUGUGGAUUGUGACAAAAGAACAGAUGAUUUCUGUCAAGCUCAACAGAAGGAGAUUAUAAUGAACAUGCUGCAUGAGUUGUAUAACUACUUGUCAAUACAAGCUGGUAAUUUUGAGUGUGGAAAUCCUGAGAAUCUAAAAAGCAAAUGCAUAUGGGUUAGUGAAGCAAGGGAUCACGUGAUGAAUGUAACUGCUAGUUCUCCACAGAAGUUUGAAGCCGCCCUGGAAUGGAUACUUAAGAGUAGCAAGGAUUUAGGAAUAUGGUUGAAAGGCAGAAACCCUUAUGAACCAGUUACCACGGUGGAGGAGGUGGUCUGUCUUGAAUCAGCCCAUCCUCAGAUGGGCUUUGGCUGCCGUUUCCGUCGAGCAGUGAUCACUGCCAUUAUGAACCUUUUUCUGUUUUUCUGGGGUCUGAUAACUCUUUGGGGGAUCCUAAUCUUCCUGAAGUAUCGCUGGCGGAAGAUGGCAGAAGAGGAACAAGCCAUGUAUGAAAUGGUGAAGAAGAUCAUAGAUGCUGUCCAGGACCACUAUAAGGAAUGGGAACGGAAUUUGGAGCGUUAUCCCUAUGUUGGCAUCCUCCAUGUUCGGGACAGCCUCAUCCCUCCUCAAAACAGAAAAAAAAUGAAGCGGAUCUGGGACAGAGCUGUGGACUUCCUGGCUUCGAAUGAGUCACGGAUUCAGACAGAGUCGCACAGAGUAGCGGGAGAGGAUAUGCUAGUGUGGAGAUGGACUCAGCCUUCUUACCUCUCAGACUCAGAGCACUAAAGAGGAGCAAAAGCUCAACUGUUGAUGUGGACCUCUGCAAAAGGACACUCCCUUUUCUGGUGGUGGGAAAGAGCAGGUCAAGGUCAUCCUCUCCUUGGGUUGAGGAAUGAACACAUCUCUUUGCUCUUCUCUUAGAAAAUCUUCACACACACACACACACACACACACACACACACAUACAGAAAAAAAAAAAAAAUUCAGGGCAAUAAUCUUGUCUUGCAAGGAAGAUAGGCUUGAGCUGGUGGGAAGCUCGAAUCGCACCAAAGUCAGCCUUCCAGCAGAUGUCUGGCUUCCACAGGCAAGCAAACCUAGAACAACUUUCUAGUUGGAAAAAAAAUGCAUACUUAAUAGUAAGGGACUUGGGGGUCUCUCUGACAAGGGUUAGAUAUUUAAAAUUUGACCUCAAUUCCGCAAAGGCCAAUGGGUGGCAACGUCCAUCAGGAAAUGUUUUUAAAGAAAAGAUGUAACAUUUCCCAUGGAAACAUUUGGGUAGCAGUUAAGAUGCAUUUUGUUAGAAUUUGUUUUUAUCAGUGCAAUGACCAUGCCAAAAGCACUUAACUGAUUCCUAACAAGAAAAACAUUUGCGUCUACUUCACCCUUUAAAAAUGGAGGGGGGAAAAGAGUUGGAGGAACAUGGUCCUAGAGGAAGGGUAGUCUGACGUGCCUUGAGUUGGUUGGGUUGGGUGGUAGGGAAGAGUGGCUGUGACCCUGAUUACAGUUUUUAAGCCUGCAACCUCUGUGCUUUAUGGGAAGGGGAAUGGAGGGGAAUUGGGGUGAGAAGUGAAGGGUGUAGGAGGCUGCAGCCAAAGGGACGGCUUCAUGAGUUAUAAAAGAGCAGCUUUGGAAAGGCUGUUAUGGUUGAAUGUACGUGUUUAUCCUGGGCAGCUGCAAUGUGUGUGCUGUGUGUCAGAGCAGAGAUAUACUGUGCGUGGAGUGUUGGUACAGAGAUUGUUUGCCAUGUUAAUUUUCCUGCAGCCUCACAACAGGUACAGGGAGCGGUGAUCAAUCCUCUGUUCAUGCUGCAGGCAUCGCAUUUUGUGUCUAUAAUCAUUUGGUUACUUAACUUUGUUUUUUAUGUCCAGCAAAGGAGUGUUUGUUUCAAAGAAAAUAGCACCAUUUUGUGACAGCUUAGGCUGGGCAGAGAUAUUGUUAAUCUGCUGUUCCCAGUGUCACAGAACUGCUGUCCAGCUCACCACCAAAACAGCAGGGACCAAAUUCAUUUCUGGCAUAAGCUAGUAAAACCUGCAGAGAGAAGCCAGCAGUUAAUUCAAACUCAUGUAAUCGGUGAAUGUUAUUCUCCUUUGCAUCAUGAGUGCAAUGUGAAUGUUUGCAUUCAUCUCUGAAGCUGGAUGUAUGGAGAGCUUCCUCUCCAGGUCUUGGGUCAGCCUGGGAGGUUCCGCCAGAGCCUUGUUGGCUGGUUGGUGAUGCUGUAUGCAAGGUGGGUUCCUUGUGCUGGGUCCUUGCUCGCCUCCUAGUUGUGAAGUCUGCACUUCUCCCCCACUGCUGCUGGCUUUGGUGGGGUUUUCCGCCUGUGCACCCCGCAGGCUGCCGAGGCAGACUGCAGAGACUCCUCGCAUACCUCCUGCUGGCUCAUCAACCAAAACAUGUGGAGAGAGCGGCUUUCUCCAAAAACAAAACCCUGGGAGGUCUUGUACAUUAAGUGGGAGAUAUCCUGCAUGGCGUUGAUUUUUAUCCCCAUAUGUUCUUUUUGGUUGCAGAAGUAGGGUGUUUGAACAAAAAAAGGAAACUCAACAGCUGUCUUUGAGACAAUAACCAGCUUCUUCCGCUGUUUUUAAAAUAGGGGAUAAAAUGAAAGCAGCCGUGAUUCUUCUAAAGUGUUGCAGCAAAGUCUUCAGUGCUGUUGUAGAAAUUUCUGCAAACACCAGUGCCUACAUUUUUAGGCCUUUUUAAAAUGCUUGUGGGGUUUGGGUUGGCUUUUUUAACCGUCCAGAUCUAGAGUGGAAAGUGAGGCAUUGCAAUCAUUUUGUAUUAAACUUGUUUUUGUAGAAUAAAUCUCACUGGCUUGGUGCUAUUUAUUACAUGCUCAAUUUAGCUAUGUACAUCAAUAUAUAAAAUAAAUUUAUUACAAAUGAU